UCUUAUUUUAUUUUAAAAUAUUUAUAAUCACACAACAGUUGUGCUAAAGAAAUCAUUGAUAUGUAUCCAAAUCAGCUGCAUGCAAAGGAUAUGAAAAAUGGAGGGACACCUUUACAUUGGGCUAAGACUGCACAGUGCUUAGAAGCAUUAAUAGAACUUGGCUGUAAGCUUGAUUCAAAAAACUUCCAAGGAGAUACGGCAUUGCACGUAAUGAUUCAACAUAAUCGUUUUUGUUGUGUAAUGACAUUAUUGAGCAAUGGUGCAAAUCCUAACUUGGUAGGAGUUGAUGGAAACACGCCUCUUCAUUUAGCAGUGAAGUCAGGCGACAUAACUCUUGUUCAGGCUUUGAUUGUUUUCGGUGCCGAUAUUAAUGCCGUAAAUGGUAGCGGAGAAACACCGAGACAUAUUAUAUCUAAAAUAAAAACAUCUCAGAAAGAAUUGCUUUAUGUAUUACAUGCAGUCGGAGCCAAAAGAUGUCCAGUGGAACAGGAAGAAUGCUUCGACGGCUGUUCGAAUGCCGGUACUUUCGAUGGCGUUGCGCCCGAGAAGUAUAAUUUCUCUUGUGUUCCGAAAUUGUACGACGAACUAAUUGGAGCAGCUGCCGUCGUAGCUGCAUUACAAAGAAACAAAAAUCAAUCAUCUUCCAAAAAUAUAGAUGAAACAGAUGCAUUGAAAAUGCCAAAAAGGUGUCGCUUGCUGUGUCUCGACGGUGGUGGGAUCAGAGGCUUAGUUUUAAUACAGAUGCUCUCCUUUAUUGAAAAUAUUGUAAAUAUUCCAAUUAUUCAUUGUUUCGACUGGCUAGCGGGAACUAGUACAGGAGGCAUACUUGCACUUGCACUUGCAAUAGGUAAAAGCAUUUCUGAGUGUCGAUGCUUGUAUUUUCGGCUCAAAGACAAAGUUUUUGUCGGAGUCAGACCUUACAUUUCGGAAAAUCUCGAGAAAUUUUUGCAGUCCGAGUUUGGCGAAAAUACAAGAAUGUCCGAAAUCAAAUACCCUCGAGUCAUGGUUACCGGCGUGUUGGCAGACAGACAUCCUGCAGAUCUUCACAUAUUUCGUAAUUAUGAUCCGCCUUUUGUGACCUGCGAGCAGUCGAGUCAGUUUAAAGCACCUCCGACUCCGGAUGAGCAGUUGGUCUGGAGGGCGGCGCGUUCGACGGGUGCUGCACCCACCUACUUCCGUUCAUCCGGACGAUUCAUCGACGGUGGCCUUAUAGCUAAUAAUCCCACGUUAGACGCUCUGACCGAAAUUCAUCAAUGUAACGAAUUUGCAGGUGAUAAAUACAGAAUAGAAGUGGUGGUUUCCCUGGGAACGGGAAAGUUACCGGUUGUGCCCGUAAACACCAUCGACGUCUUCCGACCCGACACGUUUUGGGGAGUGGCGAGGAUGGCCAUGGGUGCCUCGGCGCUUGGACAACUGUUGGUCGAUCAGGCAACGCAAUCCGACGGCCGAGUGGUGGACAGAGCCCAGGCGUGGUGCAGCAUGAUCCGCGUCCCAUACUUUCGCCUCAACCCUCCCCUCUCGGAAAACAUAGCGCUGGACGAGACCGAUACGAAGGUUCUGGUGAGAAUGCUGUGGGAGGUGACCGCAUUUAUGCACUCCAAAAGAGAAGAAUUAGAAGAUUUAACCACACUGAUUACGCCUUUAUAAAUUUAAUUCUCUAAAUAAUGAAAAGUUUUUAUUAGACAAAAAUCAACUUCCAUAAUUUUAUAGUUUACUUCUAAUUAUCAACAGAUUUUAAUUUGUAUUUUU